AUGUCUAGCGGUGCGGACAUCAUCCUCAUCCUGGUGGCGCUUAUCUUCCCGCCUGCCGCGGUGGCGUUCAUCACAGGCUGCUCCUGCGACCUGAUGAUCAACAUCCUGCUCACUCUGCUCGGAUACCUUCCCGGACAUAUUCAUGCAUUCUGGCUCAUCUACAAAAAGAUGAAGGCCGAAGAGCGCUACGGCGGGCAGGUGCGCUACACGGGCAACGGCGAGUGGAUUCCAAAGCAGGGCCAGCCCAUCGUGUACCAGCCUCCGCCUCCGCAAUACGGCGCUACUCAUCACACGCACAUGCGCGCAACUCUGUUGAGGAAUCGCGACCCAGCCGCCAUGCUGCGCUCCCUCGCGCGGUCCGAUGCUGGGCUCGCCACUUCUUCGCUUUUGACCAGGUCCGCAACCCAACACACGCUCGGUACUGUCGCGCUGGCGAGGAAGCCAGCCUUGGCGCACCAAGCACCUGCAAUCCUCUCGCGACGCUUCUACAGCCGCGACCCGCUCCAGGCCGAGCACGAAGCCAACACCGUUCGCGGCCACCGCGCGGCUCGUAUUAAGUCCGAGGAACAGGCCAAACAGCAACAAGGAGGAAAGCAGGGUGAUAACAAAGACUCAUAUCAAGAAAAGCUGUCCAAGUCAUGGACAGGUACACAGAUCAAGUGGUACCCGAUCCCCAUCCUUCUCGGCGCCGUCGUUCUUGUCGGUGUACAGGCGCGCAGGAACUACGUUGCUGAGCGUGACGGCAAGGGCGUCGGAACCAAGAUUGUCGACGAGAAUGGCCAGGUAGUCAGAAUGCAGGGGCCAUGGACCGUCUACGUGAUCGGCGCGCUUCCGCUCAAUGCCAUAUCGCGCGCCUGGGGCUGGGCGAACAACCUGACGCUUCCGGUCUGGUUCCGUCCGUUCGGCUUCAAGCUCUACGCGUACAUCUUUGGCUGCAACCUGGACGAGAUGAAGGACCCGGACUUGACACACUACAAGAGCCUCGGCGAGUUCUUCUACCGCGAGCUCAAGGAGGGCGCGCGCAAGAUCGACGACAGCAUCCUCGUCUCUCCAGCCGACGGCAAGGUGCUCCACUUUGGCGAGAUCGCCGGCCGACGCGUCGAGCAGGUCAAGGGCAUCACCUACUCGCUCGAUGCCUUGUUAGGCGUGACGAGCGCGCCCGAGGCCACAGAGAGCGUGGUUGGCAAGUCCGAGGAGGAGACGCAGCAUGCGCGCAUCGACGAUCGCCAGUUUGCCUCGGUCAACGGCAUCGACUAUACGCUCGACGAGCUGCUCGGCGACGAGAAGAGCAAGUCGGCCAUGCCCGACCCGGACGAGGUGAAGAAGCGCAAGUCGAAAUGGACCCGAUUCGUCAAGGCGUCCUACUGGAAGUCGUGGGUGAAGCGUGCGCCAUCCGAUCCAGCCAACGCGACCGGCGUGGCGCCUUCGACCAAGCCCACCGACUUUGACAGCGCCGCCGAUGCGGACGCAGAUGACGGCGAAGAGGGCAGCGCAGAUGCAACGACGAAGAAACAGCCCAAGCAGAUCGACGAUGCCGGUAUGCCGGAGCCGGACACGCCCGAGGUGCUGGGACGCUACGCCAAUGUUGCAUACGAGAUGGGUGUGGGUGCGCUUCCGCCGCUGCUGCAGCCGCACUCGCCGGGACAGAAGGGACUCAAGGAGGGCAACAAGCUCUUCUUCUGCGUCAUCUACCUCGCCCCGGGCGACUACCACCGCUUCCACAGCCCGACCAACUGGGUGGCCGAGCGCCGCCGCCACUUCCGCGGCGAGCUUUACUCGGUGUCGCCGUACAUGGCCAACCGACUGUCGAACCUGUUUGUGCUCAACGAGCGCGUGGCGCUGCUGGGUCGCUGGCGCCACGGCUUCUUCGGCAUGGUCCCCGUGGGCGCGACCAACGUGGGUUCGAUCCGCAUCAACUUUGACAAGGCGCUGCGCACCAAUGUGCGCAUGCAGCGCUAUCUGGCGGGCACGUAUUCCGAGGCGUCGUACUCGGGCGCGAGCAAGCUGCUUGGUGGCCAGCCGCUGGGCGCGGGUGAUGAGAUGGGUGGCUUCCUGCUCGGAUCGACCAUCGUGCUCGUCUUUGAGGCGCCGAGCGACUUCCGCUUUGACCUCAAGCCGGACCAGAAGAUCAAGGUCGGUGAGCGCCUCGGCGAUAUUCGACCGCCAAGUCGCGAGGAGGAGGAUGAAGACAGGAAAAACGGCAGACAGGUUUGA